CAAUACGUGCUGUGCGCUGGAAUGAACACGAAUCUGAUGGUACUAUAAUCACAGUCACCUCGCUCUCAGGUGGGUAUUACUGUCUAUAGAGAAGUGAAAUGUGAGAAACAGGUGAACAGAAAAUGAAAACCAGCUUCUUUCUUAUUAGCUUAUUAUUGCUAAGAGCAAUAAUAUUCAGCUUUAUACAGACUUCUGCAAAUAAAAAUGGAUUUAGACUAAUCAAUACUAACUUGUCUCCCCAGCUCCCUCUGGAGGCUGGCACUCACUCUUGUUUUGUAAUUCACCAUGUGAAAAAGGUUAACUCUCAGAAUAAGGAUUUUGUUUAUAAUAUGCUUCCAUUGGCGAAGGCUGUAGCCUAAAUGCAAACAAGCAUGUGGUUUCAGCAGCCAGCUGCAGAUCUUUCUCCUCGCUUUCUAAUCAGAAAGAAACCUCCCUCCCAUUCCACAGCUGCAACAUAUAUAAGGGAUCGAGCUCCAGGACUCUUUUUUUUUCCUGCUUGAGUAUUUUAGGGGAGGUGUUUUUUUGGCUGCAACCCUAAAGACUAUGGAGAGUACUUGGAGAAUUUGUGUGUGUUUCUAUUGCUGUCUUCAUUGGCUUUCAUCUAGUAUCCAGUGUUCCCCCCACUCCAGGGGUCGCAUAGUCUCUGACAAGACCUCUGGGUUAUUGGUAGCCCCUGAGGACAACGCUGGUGAGCUAAAUCCACUGUUAUGGCUGCCAAAGGGUGUGAGACGUGGAUAUGCCCUCUUGCCUCCCCUUCUCAAGGUGCUGUCUGACCGGGGACCUCAGAGCUGGGAAAGUGAGGCCCCCAGGCUACAACCAGACUCCAGAGCCCUUCGGUACAUGAAAAGGCUCUAUAAGAUGUCUGCUACCAAGGAGGGAAUCCCAAAGGCUACCAAGAGCCACCUCUAUAACACUGUGCGACUAUUCACUCCGUGUUCCGAAUGCAAGCACCGCCACAGGGACCUAAUGAAAGACAUUCACUCGGUGGAUUUACUCUUCAACCUGGAUCGUGUCACUGCUCUAGAGCACUUACUCAAGUCGGUCUUGCUCUAUUCCUUUGACACAUCGGUUCCCAUUUCUUCCUCCAUUAAAUGCACGUGCCAUUUAUCUAUCAAGGAGCAUGAUUUUUCUGGCCAAGUGUGUCCCAGCAUUUCACACUCUAUAGCUUUUAGCCUGCACUUUGAAGUUAGAAAACGCAAGUGGGUUGAGAUUGAUGUGACUUCUUUUCUCCAGCCUCUAAUUGCUACUAAGAGGAGGAACAUUCAUAUGGCUGUGAACUUCACUUGUCUGAUGGGUGAUCCACAACAGAACACUAAACUGGAAAAUCCUGUUAACGUGGCACUGGUUCCCCCUUCUCUUCUCCUUUACCUGAAUGAUACCAGUGAGCAAGCUUAUCACAGGUGGAACUCGCUUAGAUACAGAAGGAAAAACCCAGUGCGGCCCAGGCGAAGGAACAGCCUGCAUGUUGAUCCUGCAGGUGACAAAGAAAAGGAUUCACAGGGUAAAAGGGCCUCUCGACAGCGAAGAGAGGAGAAUCUGAAAGAAGUGCCAGUGGCUCCACCCUAUAAUUUGAGUGAAUAUUUCAAACAAUUUCUGUUCCCUCAAAACGAGUGUGAGCUUCACAACUUCCGCCUAAGUUUUAGCCAACUAAAAUGGGACAAAUGGAUAAUCGCACCACACCGGUACAGCCCGCAGUAUUGCAAAGGCGAAUGCCCGAGGGUGGUCGGGCACCGUUACGGCUCUCCCGUACACACCAUGGUACAGAACAUAAUAUACGAGAAGCUGGACUCAACCGUCCCAAGGCCCUCCUGUGUUCCUGCCGAAUACAGCCCACUGAGCGUCCUGACCAUAGAGCCCGACGGCUCUAUUGUCUACAAGGAGUACGAAGACAUGAUAGCUACCAGGUGCACUUGUCGAUAGUGAGUGAACCCUGAUCGGUUUUACUCCGGGUUUGGGUAUUUUUGUGUUCUCAAAGUCCCUGGAGCUUUAAUCAACUGAACAGCAUUUGUGUAACUCUGAUAGCUCUAAAGAACUGGUUAGGGUUUAGCAUGGAGUUAGUAGAAGGUGUUUACAUCAUAGCACUUAUUUUUGUAACCACUCAGCCUUUCUAGAAUGUGAAAUGAAAUGUAAAUAGUAUCUUUUUAUUGGAAUAAUGUUGCAUUUAAAAAUGUGGAAAAGGUUUCAACUACAGAUGUCUAUUUUAAGCUGUUUUGUUAUACAUUUAAAAAAAAAGAAAUAAAUGCCCAUCACGCAUA